ACAAAAUGAGAUUUAAUGUUGAGAUUUUUUUUUUUACAUUUAGUGAAAUACAUUAGUAAGUUGUGGUUUUGCAAGAGCACACGCGGUCCUUUCACUCAACAAAACGUAGGAACUGUCAGAAGGAGUCUGUGCGCUACUGGGAACUUUACGUGUGUCACUCCAGCUUCAUUGUAUCAUGUGUGGUUUCCUCAUUUAUAGAACAGCGUGUUAAAAAGACGAUUUAAAUAGUAAAGAAAGACGUCCUGAUGGAUGAGGAGGAUGACUGUCCAGAAUUGGUUCCUAUUGAGGAAAAGAGCACAACACCUGCAGCCCAAAUACCAGUGACCAUCAUCACAGGAUACCUGGGCGCAGGAAAGACAACUCUUUUGAACUACAUACUGACGGAGCAGCAUAAUAAAAGAAUAGCAGUCAUACUCAAUGAAUUUGGUGAAGGCAGUGCGCUAGAGAAAUCUCUGGCAGUGAGUCAGGCAGGAGAGCUGUAUGAAGAGUGGCUGGAACUCAGGAACGGCUGCCUGUGCUGCUCAGUGAAAGAUAAUGGACUGAAAGCGAUUGAAAAUCUAAUGGAGAAGAAAGGAAAGUUUGACUACAUUCUCCUAGAGACAACUGGAUUGGCAGAUCCUGGUGCUGUUGCCUCUAUGUUUUGGGUUGAUGCUGAAUUAGGAAGUGAUCUUUAUCUGGAUGGCAUUAUUACUGUUAUUGAUGCAAAAUAUGGAAUGCAGCACCUUACAGAAGAGAAACCAGAGGGGCUUAUUAAUGAAGCUGCAAGGCAGAUUGCUCUUGCUGAUCUAACCAUUAUAAAUAAGACAGAUCUGGUUAAAGAAGCUGAACUGAGUGAACUCCGAGACACUGUCAGAUCCAUUAAUGGCCUUGUCAGAAUCCUGGAAACACAGAGGUCCAGGGUUGAUUUGUCUCAGGUAUUAGAUCUGCAUUCCUUCGACACAAAAGAUGGCAUAAGGUUGACGGAGAAGCUGCAGCUAGUGAAAACAACACAGCCACAUCUCGACAAGAAUAUACUAACAGUUACAUUUGAAGUGCCUGGAAGUGUCUCUGAGGACCAUUUAAAUGUGUUUAUUCAGAACCUAUUAUGGGAAAAGAUGUUUAACAACAAGGCAGGAUUGGCUAUGAACGUCAUUCGCUUGAAGGGAAUUGUGUCUCUCCAGGGGAAGCAGAAGAAGGCCAUGCUGCAGGGCGUUCACGAGCUUUACGAGCUGGAUGAGACGCCCGAGGCCUGGGCAGAUGGUGAGCCUAGGGUCAACCGACUGGUCUUCAUCGGUCGCAAUCUGGAUGGAGACAUUCUGAAGAAAGAAUUUCUUGCGCUGGUCUCAAAUGAGUAAAGCCUUCUUAAAGUGGGAGCGCUGACGUAGGAUCUGUUUUUCCCUGCAUAUCUUUAUUUAAUACAAUAAUAGGCAAAGUACAGCUGACCCCAGACCUGCACUGUCACUCUGAGGUGCAUUUUGACUGUGAUGUUCAAAUCUGGGUUAGUCUGUGGUGUCAAGCGCAGAACUCUGGAACUGCAUUCCAGCAUUUGUGCUCAGGACUAUCACUGUGGUGUAAAAGCACACAGCUCACAAGAAUGGAAAGGGUGCUGUAUUAAUGAAUGGCUGCAUUGCAGCAAAGAUUACUGAUAUGUUUAAGAUUCUGUUGGCUUUGGAUGUGAAAUAAAAUCUAAACAUUACGUUAUGCUUACCUCAAAUACUGCUGUCUGUCAAACAUGCGUACAGCUAGACAUCUUACGCCAAGAUAAAGAGUCUGCGAGGCAAUGGUAGACAGCCUGAACAAAACAAAAUUGUUGGAUUGAUUAAUUGUUGGACUGAUGAAGAAAUUUUAGCUCUGGACAUGUGGUUGUAAUGUGUAUGUUUCAAAGAUAACGUGAUCCAAACAGUAUUAAUCACAAAUAGACUGUAUUUAAUUAAUAAUGUUUGUGUUAGUUUUGUUAAUAGUAACAUUCACAGUUUGAGUUUGUGAAAUUCAGUUCACAAUAAAGGACAGUUACAUCACAGUAAAAUAAACUUAAACCUGAGAUGGUGUGAUUUG